AUGUCUUCAGAUGAUGACGCUACUGAACAAAUAUCCCCAUUUGAUAGACAAACUAGCUUGAAUAACGAUGAAUAUAAUCAAAGACAGGAUAAAUAUCGAUCAGAUGCAGCCUAUACUCAUUUUUAUGCUCAUUUUUCUACUCAGUGUGAAACACCCACUAAACCCCAUUACAGUCAUGUUCCGGAUAAGGUCGAUAUUCAGGAAUUUAUUGAAGAAAAGAAGAGAACUGCUCUCCCUCUCGAGAAAAUUAUUGUAGAGCCUGGAAAGUUUGACCGCGCCUUAAUCUAUACAUUAUACCAAGGUAGCCUAGAUUGGAUAACAAGACUAGGACCAAAAAAGAUUAUAGAAGGUCCCGUGUUUAGUGUGAAGGAUGGCUGUCUGUAUAAAAGAGAAAGCAGCGGACCACCUUUGGAUGCCUUGAAUGUUCAAAAGUUUAUUGUUAAGAAAGUUCAACAACUUAAACGGUUGUUGUCAUUCGAAAUAAUGGGUUCUGCAGCUAUCAUGAAAAAAAAGACAACUUGUCGGAGACAUAACCUCAACGAAACUAUAGAAAAAAGAGCAAAUGUUUUGAGACACGUUACAUUCUUCUCCCUCGUUUUUGGUCAUUGGUCGAAUCAUGGCAUGUACAAUUAUUUGGGCGUCACGUUGGUAACGUAUAAUGAAAAACAAGAAAAACUUACGUCUUUUUUAAUUAGGAUCACUGAUGCUUAUUCUCCUACGGCAAUUGAUAUUUGCAACCAAUUGAAUGAUAUCUUGGAAGAGUAUGAAGGAUUAAAAUCAUUGAUUGUUGGUUUAUCUACUGAUAAUGCCAGUAAUAUGGUAAAAGUUCCUGAAUUUCUAAAAGAAAAUGAUGAAUUGUAUCCCUUGUUUUUAGGUCGUAUUCCACGUUUACUACAUAGCACGAACCACGUAAACGAAUGCUUGUUUGAUGAGGAGAAUGAGGAGUACACCAACGUUACGAUAAUUCGUGAGUUUGCCAAAACGAAAGAAAUGGAAACUACUCUCCAAUCUUUGAAAAGUUCAAAAGAUCUCACUCCUGCAAUCAAAGAAAGUGCCAAAAUAAUAGAAUUUGACACUAAAAUUCUGACUGACAAUCUUACUAUGAUUGAUGACUUGUUACAUAUUUUAGAACCUUUCCAGUAUAUCUGUGAGUUACUUUCUAGUGAUUCUUGUACUGUUAAAGGAGCAUUGCCAUUACUAGAAUUCUAUCACAUCCUAUUUAAAGAAAUUGUCACCACAGAAUUUGAAAAAAAAGUUGUUUCCCUUCAUGAAGGAACAAUCCUAAUUAAGUGCUUACAGCAGUUGGAAAAAUAUUAUAAAAUAUAUCUGUCCAAUGAUGUUUGUUUAAUGGCUUCAUAUCUGAACGCAUACUUUCAUAAAAACAUUUUUUGGACGAGGGAAAUAUAUCCAAAAAGAGAAAAUGAAGAGAGCAAUUAUAGGUAUCGAGAUAUGGCUAAAAGAUACACCUGUAUGCUACUACCGUAUCUUAACAUAUCAUAUGAUGAACCUAAUAAUUGUUCUGGCGAGGAGGAGUUUGUAGCUGAUAGAAUAAUUGACGAGAUUAUCCAAAUUCAUACCUCACCAGUAUGCUCACCAAGUUCAAGUCCAAUUAAACCAAAAGAUUCCCAAGAAUAUUUUGACAUAAAUUCGAUUAAGAGUGACGUUGAGGAGUUGGUUUUUGAAGAAUUGUUAUAUUUUGAACGAAAAUUACGAACAGCAACUGAAAAACCAAAAGAAAAGAUGAGGGCAUUUGAGAAAUUCGGCCACCAAAUUAUUGAUUUAGAUCGCAAAUUUUGGAAGAUCCAUCGUAAAUCUUUUCCUCUGCUAUCUCUUGUUAACCGAAUUUUGAAUAAUAUUCCUUCAUCAUCCAUUCGCGUGGAAAAAAUGUUUAAUGAGGCUGGGAAAAUCGCUUAUGAAGGAGGAGAAUUGCUUUCAAAAACUUUUUUUGAACAGCUUUGUUUCUUAAGGUCAUUCUCACAAAAAAUUGAACUAGACGAGAUAGAUUUGGAAGAAUGUACUUUGAAUCAAGCCAUCGAAGUGACCGAUCUUCUGUACGCUACAUCCCUAAAUCCUAAAAAGAGGCCAUUUCGUGAAGAAGAAGACGAAGAAGAAGUGAGUGAUAGCGGCGAGUAUGAGUCGGAGUAA